GGUUUGAUAAAUAUAGGUAUUUCAUCACAUUGGGAAACUGAAUCACGUAUAAAUAGAAGCUUUGGGGGUUUUGUGAUUGUUACUAUUCUUGUUAUUUAGUUCAGAGAAGUGAAACAUGAUAAGCAUCGUAUUUGGUACAGCCUGGAUUAUCAAGCAUGUAAUGGCAUUCUUUGGUAUCAGACCGUUCAUCUAUAUCCCAGAUGAUGAUACAAAUGACAAGAAUGAUAACGCAAUUAUACCGCUAGAUGAUGCAGGAAAAUCAGAAUAUAGGAAUUCUUACCAUGUGGCUUAUCAGCUGAACCCAGUCUACAAUGUUUAUGAUGAUGAUGUAGUUAUCACUGACAUUACACCAGGUAGUAAAGAAAGUCUUAACGACCUCGGCAUUAAAACUGAAGAAAAUCAGGACACUUUGGCCAAUAGUGAUGCAAUAAUUGGAAAUUAUGUUAGUGGACAUACUGAUGAUUCAAGAACUGAGAAUGUUAUUGUGAUUGAAGAUGAUAUUGAAGUUAAGAAGCUAGAACUUGCUACAGCCACCAAACCUGUUUCUGAUCUUGAAACUGACUGUCCUAAUGUUAUUUCAAAACUUGAAAACUGUAGACCUUCUACAAAGAGAAGUGUCAAUGAUGGUAGAUCUCCGCCCAGCAUUAUCAUUGACGAUGAUCAGAAUAAUGGUGAUGACGAUGUUGAAAUUCUUGGCAUGUAUCCUGUUUCUGAACCUAAACCUGGGACCAGUCAGGAUGAAGAGUUUGAUCUCACAACAAUUCACGGCUAUGAUUCCAUGCCAUUCCUCAGUGAUGCCAGCACUAUAGAGUACAUCAAGACUUCCCACACCAUCUUCAUCAUGAGGGGUCUGCCAGGCAGCGGCAAGUCCACCCUGGUUCGGGGUCUUGAGCAGGUGUACCCGGGCGCUGUUGUGUGCUCAGCCGACCAGUAUUUCAUGGACAGUAGCGGAAAAUACUGCUAUGACCACAAGAAGAUUGAGGCAGCCCACAUGUACUGUCAGUCACAGGCAGAGUCCAGCUGUAGCAACAACAUGCCAGUCAUCAUCAUCGAUAACACCAACAUACAGAGGUGGAACAUGGCCUUCUACUUCAAACUGGCUCAGUCAAGCUACUACUAUCACACGGUGGUAGUCGAGGCUCAGACGCCAUGGCGAUACAACCCUCGAGAACUGGCGGCCCGAAACCACCACAAUGUGGACUUAGAGACAAUAAGCCAGAAGUUACGGAGCCUGCAGGAUAACAAGCUGAGGCCAUAUUACUAUGGCUGGUUCCUUCGUCAAUGCGACUCUCUAAGGCUGGUCGCCAUGGCAACAGAAACACUGGCUCGUUGUGCCAGGGAGCUGCAAGACAGGGGACUGGCCCUUGAUGUGGCUGACUUCAUGACAAGAACUCACAAAGGUUUAGGUGAUUUGUACACGGCACCGAAGAAAAUGCUCCACUGUACGGCGGGGUUCAUGGGCACUAAGGGCAGCAACUCUUACCACGAGAAUAAAACUGUACUUUCCUCCCUUGGGAAAACUUUCAAGCUUGCUGUUACUGGCCUGGUAUUUACUGGAAAAACAGUGUGUGCUGUUGUGGACUUAUACCAUAACAAUACAGCUGUAGAGAAAAAUGAAAUCUCAAAAGAACAGCAAGAUGAUGGGCCUGGAAACAGUGAUAUAAAAAAUCAGUUAGAUAAUUCAAGUCAAAAUGAUGAAGAAGUUGAAGAAAGUCUGUCAGCAAAUGACACUUCAACUUUGUCGGAGACUCCAUUGAAGAAAAGGAGAUCUGAAUUGCUCAAAUUGUUUAUGAAGGAGGAGGAGGUUAGUCUGAGAGAAAAAUACAAAGGUGUGAAGAAAGGUGUAGGUUACAGUUCCCGUCAAAGUGUUUUUCGUCGUGGCUGCAGCGCUCAUGUAACAAUCUCAUAUUCCAAAAACGGGCUGGCAAAAUACAGCGGUGAUGAAAUACUGCGUAUAUGUGAGCUGGAAUUUCAUGGAAAGCGUUUGAGUGAAAUUGAAACGGAGGUUGGAAAAGUGAGAUCGUACGAAAGUGACACUUACCAGGUGCUUUUGAAGGAGCCAGUGGUGUUUGACACGCUUUUUCAUGGAUUUUACAAUUCAAAAAAAUGAAGUGUUUGCUUUUCUUUUAUUGAUUUUAGUUAACUUUUACUUAUACAAAUUCACAGUUAUAAAUUUGAGUGGUGUAAAUAGAGUAAAUGUGAUUGAACCCAUACUCAGCUAUGAGAUUUAAAGUGUUGAAUAUUAACCAAUUGUAUCUAAUUCAAAAAUAUAUUUUUAAAUUGAUAAAACAGUUUCUCAAUCAUCCAUCAACUUGUUACAUUUUAUGUGGACCAUUUUUUGAAGAAAAUUUAGCGUACAAAAUACAUGUAUCUAUGCAUGUUGUAACAGGUGAAUCGUACUUUUGUGUUAUCUACACUUUUGUUUGCCAUGUGUUUUUUUACUUUUUUCAUCAAAUAAUAAAUUUUCACUUUAGGGCACUAUAUGUCUGUCAUGCAAAAUAACUCACUUUAAUCGCUUCUGCUUUACAUUAUAUAAAUGAUUAUUAUUAUUCCUGAGUCAUGUAUGACAAGGUAUAUAGGUUGGCUUAUAUAUGAAGGGAAACCAGUCCUUCUGUUACUUGGCCAUUACAGUAUUUCAGCAGUUUUCAUCUGAUUUAUACCAAAACUCCAUGCAAAUUAAAUGAAAUUAUUUAAGAAAAGCGUGAUACCAAAUCACUGAAGUUUUGUUUAAUUAUGAUCCUUGAAAUGUUGUGUACCCUCCCCAAAUUAAACGUUUUACAUGAAAUCAAAACCAAACUUAUUGAAACUUUUGGAAAGAAAAUAAUUAUAUCCUAGCCAAGUUUGAUGCUCUACAAACACACUAUUAUGUGAAUUUGGAAUAAAACAUAAUCUUGAAAUAAAUAUUGCAGUGUUUGCAGUUUCACUUGUUGUUUCACUCAAAAUGAUAUCCGUUCAAAGUUUUAUGUCUAAUUUCUUAUUCACAUAAUACAGUGGCCACAUAAAUUUGGUUAUAAUUUAAUUUAUAUGAAAAUGGCUUUACACCGUGUCCAAGAUAUUUAAUCUUAUCUAAACUUAUCAUUAUCUGAUGAACCUCUAAUGCCCCAACAGUUAUUGUUAACAUGUAAUUAAACAAAACAUUUUAUUUUUUAUAUGCCUUCAUUCGAGCAAAACUGCAUCUUCAUAAGAUUGUCAUAUUUUUUAUGUGGUUUGAUAUAAAAAUAGUUUUGUGUGGUGUAAAGGUUUUACAUUCAUUCAUUUCAUACUUUAACAAUUUGUAAAACAUGGUACAUAAAGCAUAUAUAAUAUAUAAAGCAUAUAUAUACAUAAAGCAUAUAUAAUAGCACAUAAAAUAAGUUGUAUCUGCUUAUGGCAUAAGAAAUAGCAAACCUAUAAUUUAAAAUAGCAUCACAGUUGAUAAAUCAAGCAAACAGGUUUAUAAAAAUUCAAUAAAUGUUAUAACUUAAUAUAUAAAUGUGACACAGUAAAAUAAUAAUACUAUUAUUUGUAAAUGAAUGUAAUAUAUAUAUAUAUAUAUAUAAUGUGUGUGUGUGUGUGUGUACUACAAAUUUAAACUAUGUCACAAACAUUAAAAUACAAGGAUAGCACAAAUAUAGAGUAAAUCCUUAUUUCCAUUGUGGUCCUUUAUAAAUGUAUUGUAGUUGACCUAGAAACAAAAACUAAUUAAACCUUUAUGAGCAAAAUUGAAUGCUUAAUUAAUCUCAGUGAACAUUAUCACAGACAUGAAGUAAGUCUUACAUUUAGAAGGAGCUUAUGCAAACUCAUAUUACUCCUCAUCUUUUACUUUGUUUUUGGCUAUUUGGAACAACAUUAAUUUCUUGCACAAGUUUCUUUUCUAAAUGACUCGUGAUGUCUUGGUAUAAUCAUGUGAUAAGUUCAGUAAUUGGUUUACUUGGAAAUCUUUUAUCCAUAUAUUUUUUAUGUUUAUCAAUUUAAAAUUAAAAGACGAACUACCCUCGGUGAGUUUGCAUAUAUUUUAUACAAAAUGUAUAACUUGUCAAUAAAAAAUAAUUAGUGGUUGUGAUGAAGAAUUAAAACCAUUAUCUUAAUUGUAGCAUGUAUCAAAUUUAACUAAGAGUGGCGAAUGAAAAUGUAUAUUAAGAGAAUUGCUUUGCAUUUAAGACAAUUGAUCUGCAACUGGACUGAAAGAUUUACUGUGAUGUAGACUUGUUAUGUGUUUUUAACCAGGUUUUCUGAAGGAAAAAACUGGUUAUUAGAUUGGCGAAUGCGGGCGGGCUGGCUGGCUGGCGGGCGGAACAAGCUUGUCCGGGCCAUAACUAUGUCAUUCAUUGUCAGAUUUUAAAAUCAUUUGGCACAUUUGUUUACCAUCAUUGGACAGUGUGUCGCGCGAAAUAAUUACGUCGAUAUCUCCAAGGUCAAGGUCACACUUUGAGUUCAAAGGUCAAAAAUGGCCAUAAAUGAGCUUGUCCUGGCCAUAACUAUGUCAUUCAUUGUGAGAUUUUAAAAUCAUUUGGCACAUUUGUUCACCAUCAUAGGACGGUGUGUUGCACGAAAGAAUCACGUCAAUAUCUCCAAUGUCAAGGUCGCCACGACUAAAAAUAGAUUUUUUUAAAAAACAAACUUACAAAGGGGGUUAAUUUUGUUUGUUCAUUUCAAAAGUUCAGUUUGAGUUUUCUCCCUUUAUCAGAUUUUUUUUUCACAAUAAAAACCUGGUUUUGUGACAAUUUUGUCCCUUGUCAAUUGGUUAGUUUAGAAAUGGGAGUGUUCUUUUUGUCUAUAGAAAACCUGUGUGCCUCAUGUUACAAUUCCUCGUCCUAAAUUUGAAACUCAGUCUUAGUUAUCAAGGAGAAGUGGAGAUUUUUUUUCUAUGCACUUUAUAUAUUUUUGGAACUUGUGUUUAUAUUUUUAUUGUAUCAGGGGCUAACUUAUUGGACAUGAUAGACAACUUGAAAUUUCCAUGGUAAAUAUAUCUCAUUUAUGGGAAAUGAAAAACACAAUAUCCGUUAUUCUACUAUUUAUAUGAAAGGAGUUGUGUCUCUUUUUUAUGCCCCUGAAGAUGGGCAUAUAGUGAUCGCACUGUCUGUUUGUCUGUCCGUCCAUCGGUCUAGCUGUCCAUCACACUUUUGCGUUUGGGUUUUGAAAAAAGCUCAGAACUUCAAUGUCGCUUCAGAUGUAACCUCCAUAUUUGGUAUGCAUGUGUAUAUGAACAAGGUCUUUCCAUAUGCAUACACAUUUUGACCCCUUCAACCUUGACCUCGAACUUAGGGUCCGCGUUAAGGUUUUGAAAAAACUGACACACUUUAUUCUUUCACGUCUUAUGUGUGAAUGAAGUUGUUCUGCGGCAUAAUUGCCCAUAUUUUGUGUAAGCUAAAGGGCAUCAGGCAAAACACAUAGUUGUACUUAAUCCUUUCCCACUCAGAAGCAAAGUGAAAAUAGCUAUGUGCAAACAGCAUAAAACCUGAACAGCCUGCAAGUAACUUGCGGUCUGUUCAGGUUUUAUGCUGUUUGCUGCUGGUCUGUAUCAAAGGGUUAGAGAUGAAGCCUUAAAAACUUGAAUCUAGUAAGAAAGGUCUUAAAUUAAAUUUAACAAUCUAAGGGACUACAAUCGCGUCAAAAUGGAUAUAUAUGUGGUAAAGAAUUGAAACAAUUUAAGCUAUCCUCAUAUCUAUCUGAAUCAAUAUAUAUUGCAAAUCAAAUAACAGAAACCUAUAAACA